GGAGCUGGAACGUUGCUGGCGAUUUCUACAGACUUUCCCACAAGGAGAGUUUGAUGAAUUACAAGAGAUUCGCGCGAACCUCAAAGUUUUUUACGGGCAUGAGUUUCAGGUCAUACUCAAUCUGACACCAGACGCCCUGCUCCCCGCAAUGCUACAUCCUGUAACCAAAGUCCGAGGCGUCGAGAAAUUGGAGAUGGUUGUCGAGUUCAGGAGACGUGUGAGAAUUGAACAGUCGAUUCUUCGAC